CAAACAGAGUCUUCCAUCAGGGGUCCUGCUGCCUGGGUUGGCUGCUCAAUUUCCAAGCCCAACAACCUUUUCCAGCUGGAACAGUCACUGCUCUGAUGUUGGAUGGAGAUGCUCUUGUGGGGAAACUUGCACGCCCUAAAAUGUGCCAGGCUGCCUGAUUGCCUGAACAACCUCCUCGUGCCCAUCGGUGUUACUGGGAGGUGCUGGAGAGUAUCUGCUCUUUUCCCAUGCACCAUUAGGUGUCAGAAGUGAAUCAUACACAUUUUCCAAGGUUUUCAAUCUCUCUGUUUUUUGGAAGUGUGACGCAGACUUGCUUUGCUAGGUCAUUAUGUAAUAUUUACUUACGCUUUCUAUUUAGAAAGUCAGCCACAGUGUUCUUUCCCUCCCACAUCUGGAAGGUCAAGCAAAGCAUGGUUUGGUUGCAGACACUGCAAACCUUCUCCCCCUUGAAACCCUGCCUCAGAUAGCAAAGAAGAGCCUGCAGAAUGUUCUCCCCUCUCUUCAGGACUGUGUACCUCUGAGAAGAGUCUGUCUUUCCUUUCUCUAUAACAUCCUGUCAAGUAACUAGACAGCAGUAAGAUCACUCCUGAAGCUUCCUCUUCUGCAGGCUGAAGAAAUGUAUUUUCUGCAGCCUCUCCUUGUGCAUCAUGUGCUCCAAGCUCCUGACUAUCUCUGAGCUCUCCCCUGAAUUUGCUUCGGAAAAUGGAACUCAAGGCAAUUUUUCUGAAUUUAACCUUCCGAAUAGUCUUCCCGAAAGUGAUACCAGAGCCCAGACAAAACCAUCAGAACUGGGAAGAACCUGCAUCAAUGUCAAACUGCCUAUGACAGCUUCAGAAGCCUUGAAAAAUUUUAGAAACCAGUUAUCAGUCUAUGAGCAAAAAGAAAUUUUCAAUUAUACAGAGCUAUGGUUUCUUGGGCUGGAAGCUAAGAAGAUUGAAGGUUUGCCUGAAACCCAUAAUAAUAAUUGUUAUGAUGAUGAGCAUGGUUCCUACUUAAAGGUUUUACAUGACCAUAUUGCAUACCGAUAUGAAGUGUUGGAGGUGAUUGGGAAAGGGUCAUUUGGGCAGGUGGCUAAAUGCUUGGAUCAUAAAACCAACGAAUUAGUGGCAUUGAAAAUAAUUAGGAAUAAGAAAAGAUUCCACAGCCAGGCUUUGGUAGAAGUGAAGAUCCUUGAUGCACUUCUGAAGAAGGACAAGGAUGACACUCACAAUAUCAUCCACAUGAAGGAAUAUUUCUACUUUCGCAAUCACUUCUGUAUUUCCUUUGAACUGCUCGGAAUAAAUUUGUAUGAGUUGAUCAAAAAGAACAAUUUCCAAGGUUUCAGUUUGUCAUUAAUUCGACACUUUACUCAGUGUGUGCUGAGAUGUUUGCAAGUGCUCUACCAGGAACGAAUCAUUCACUGUGAUCUGAAGCCUGAGAACAUAUUAUUAUACCACAAAGGCCAAGGUUCUGUUAAAGUUAUUGAUUUUGGAUCAAGCUGCUAUGAACACCAAAGAGUGUAUACCUAUGUUCAGAGCCGGUUUUAUCGCUCACCCGAAGUGAUUCUUGGUCAUCCUUAUGCCAUGGCUGUUGAUAUGUGGAGCUUAGGCUGUAUCAUGGCUGAGCUUUACACAGGCUACCCACUGUUUCCAGGAGAAAAUGAAGUUGAUCAACUUGCCUGCAUCAUGGAGGUAUUGGGUCUUCCACCAGCUGAUUUUAUCCAGGCUGCAUCAAGAAAGCGAACAUUCUUUGAUUCCAAAGGUUUUCCUAAAUCCAUAACUAACAGCAAGGGAAAAAAGAGAUGCCCCGACUCCAAGGAUCUAAGCACAGUGCUGAAAACCCAUGAUACUGGUUUCUUGGAUUUUCUGAAAGGAUGUCUAAUGUGGGAACCUGCCCUGCGCAUGACUCCCGAUGAAGCAAUGAAUCAUGCGUGGAUCCAGGAACCAAAAAUAUACAGAGCAAAACAGAAAACACAGACUUCAUGGAAACUGAGUGAAGGCUCUUCCUCUACACCAGAAAGCCAAAAAGAGAAUAUUCAGAACAUCUGGCAAGAUACAGCUGACAAAGUGAAAAGUGAACUGGCUGAAAGACUGACUCCCACUGUGCCCUGCACAGGUAUAACAGAAAAUGAUCUGCAGAACAUGAAGAGACAUGUUCUUCCAGAGAACUAUUUGGAGACCCAGAUGGAAAAGCCUAUAAGAAGUGAUCAAGUAGAACACAGUGGUGAAAAAGCUCUUCCAAAAUCUGCUCUUUUUUUCCCUCCAAUUAAGUAAUACACAGCAGAAGUGAUGACUGGUUCAGUUGCAUACCUGGUAUAUUUUGUAGGUAUUAUUUGUACUCAGGAAUACAAGCUGUAUCUGUCUAUAUGUGGGCUGUGCACAUUGUAAGUAUAUUUAAUGUUCAUCUCGCCCUGAAAUUGUCCAGGAAACCAAAACCGAAUUUGAAAAACCAUUCCUUUUCCUCAUCUACGUCCUUGUGAUCAGAGAUCCUUCAAAACCAGCAGCAAUAAAAUGGAGACUGUAGAGGUGGAGAGUGGUUUAUUCUUGACGUUAUAAUAGACUUUAAAAUUUUAGAUUUUUCUGGAGCUUAAGGAACAAAUGCAUUGAUUAAAGAAUCCGAACCCUUUCACUUACACCAGUAUAAAUCGGGAAUAAUUAAUGGAUAGGAUUAUCUCUUCCCAACAUGUAACGGGCACCUACAGUAAAGCUGGGGAGGGGCUUUUUAUCAGGGAUGGCAGGGAUAGCAUGAGGGGUACCAGUUUUAAGCUGAAAGAAGGAGGAUUUAGAUCAGAUAUUAGGAUGAAUUUUUUUUUUCUGUGAGCAUGGUGAGCCACUGGCACAGGUUGCUCAGAGAAGUGGUGGCUGCCCCAUCCCUAGAGGUGUUCAAGACCAGGCUGAAUGAGGCUUUGAGUAACCCAAUCUAGUGGGAGGUGUCCCUGCCAUGGGACUGGAUGAUCUUUAAGGUUCCUUCUGACCCAAACUGUUCUAUGAUCCUAUGAUUACUGGAUUUACUUCUGUAUAAAAGUCACGAGCAAUCAAACCCAGCAACUUCACUUUCCUCCUUCUCUAUCUCCCACUCUUUUUAUAAGGAAGAACUAGAUGGAAGUCAUUGUCACACCUUCUUAGCACAUUUAGAAAUGUAAAUUAUGUUCUUUAGCUCUUUAGACGCAACAAAGAAGAGUGGCAUUCAGGCUCAUUUCUGCAGAGCCUCCACUCAGUAUUCAUACCAACAGGAAGGAUGCAUUAAAAAAAGCUAUUUUGACUCAGGGAUACAAAGUUUAAAAUAAUACUCUGAAAAAAACCCAGAUUUCUAUGCCUCAUAUGAUCUCCAUGUUUAAUUAAUUUAAACAUUUGGCUGUUGGAAAAUAGAUUGUCUUUUCAUUGCAUUUGUAAAGCACCCACAUCAUUACGAUUCUUACACUUUACUGUGGCUUAUAAAGGGUAUCACAAUUUAAACAAAUGAUGAAGAAAUUGUCCUACAAAAUGCAGCUGCUACUGUAGCAGUGAUAUUGCAGUUAGCCCCAAGAGAAAUAAGUGUUUGUAGGAGCUGAGUCACCAUAACAGCAAAUUCCCGCGGGCUCUUUGUGCAAAAGGAAAACCCAAAGGAUAUGAAAAUUGUACUAACACAGUCCUAAUGUACAGUGAGUAAACAAGCCGUCUGAGAAGCUAUAGGGGUGACUGCAUGACAAAAGGCCUACAAUAGGUGUGCUCUCCUACUGAAUAAAAAGUUAAUGGUAACUAUCAUCUCAGAGCAAAUGGAUUGCACAAUGCAGUGCUACCAUUCUCUUGGGUUCAGGCAAAUCUUGGGACUCAUGAAGAAACACCUGGAAGAUGAGUAACCCAGGCAGGGAAAUAGCCCAUUAUUGAGUGCAAUUGAGCACUGAAUUACAAGGGUACUUUGGCACACAAAUAUCAUCUUGCUGUGAUGCAGACACUACUGACAAGCAGACCAUCUUGCAGUACCACAGUUGUGUGCAUUUCUGGCUUCAAAGAGACUCUUUUGCAGCUGAACCCUCAUGGACACUAUCAAACACUCCUGCUCAUCACCAGGAUGAUGUAGAGGGAAAAGUGAGUUCUGUUAUGCACUAUGUGAUUGUAAAGAAUGCUGAGGCUGAGUGAGCAUCUUGUAGAAUGCAAGUAGAGCCCUUACCACAUUUCACAGCAGAGUCUCACCCCUGGUUGGAGCUGAAUGAGUUAGACUCAUCAUUAGUUUUAGGGAAUAUUCAGAUAGGUUUUUGCAGACAUUUGGAAAAUACUUUGACUGUUUAUUUGCAAGUAGC